AGAUGGAGGAAAAUUUGUAUGAAGUUUUAAAAAGAGUGUUUAAGCACAAGAGCUUUAAGUCUGACUUGCAGAAAAGGGCUGUGAAAUGUGUGUUUGAAGGAAAACAUGAUGUUUUCAUUUCCAUGCCAACAGGGGCUGGUAAGUCUCUCUGCUAUCAGCUUCCAGCUGUUGCCUCGGCUGGGGUCACUUUGGUGGUCUCUCCACUCAUUGCACUCAUGCAAGAUCAGCUGGAUCAUCUAGACCUUCUUAACAUCCACGCAGAAACCAUCAAUAGUAAGAUGACAGCCAAACAGAGAGCCAGGGUUGUGGCAGAUUUAAACAAAAGCAAACCAAGCACCAGACUUCUCUACAUAACUCCUGAGCAAGCAGCAUCAGAGGGCUGUAAAUCAAUAAUAGAAGGACUUGUGAAAAGAAGAAUUUUGAAAUAUUUCAUCAUAGACGAAGCUCAUUGUGUGUCACAGUGGGGACAUGACUUCAGACCUGACUAUCUAAAGCUUGGUUCUUUUAGAAAAAUAAUGCCUAAUGUACCAUGUGUAGCAUUAACUGCCACUGCAACAGCACGAACAGUGGAAGACAUUAUCCAGCAGUUAAAACUCAAAGAACCUGUGGCUAAGUUCAAAAGUAGCUGUUUUAGGUCAAAUAUCUAUUAUGAUGUUGUAAUGAAAGAUGUUGUCCAUGACCCAUAUGAAGAUUUGAUGAAAUUUGCACUAACAGCACUAGGAAGAGAGUCUUUCAGCAAGGAAGAGAAUUCCUUUAUAGAAAAUUGGACAGAAUUUGGAUGUGGCAUUGUCUACUGUCGAACAAGAGAUGCCUGUGCAGAAGUGGCAUCUCAUCUGACAAGAAAAGGUGUAUUAACAAAGCCAUACCACGCAGGACUGAAAUCGGAUGUCAGAGAAACAGUACAAACAGACUGGAUGGAGGGCAAGUUUCCUGUGAUGGCUGCCACAAUCAGCUUUGGAAUGGGGAUAGACAAACCUAAUGUUAGAUUUGUUGCUCAUUGGACAAUACCCAAGUCAAUGUCAGGUUACUAUCAGGAAUCUGGACGUGCAGGGAGGGACGGGGCACAGUCAUACUGUAGGAUGUAUUAUUCCAGGCGUGAGAGGGAUACCGUGGCAUUCCUUAUCAAUCAAGAAAACUCAAGGUUUACUAAAAAUGCGGAAGCUCAGAAAGUAAGGAAGAAGUCUGCCGAGAGUGGUUUUGAUGCCAUGGUUAAAUAUUGUGAGAGCUUAAGCUGCAGACAUUGGUCCAUAUCCAAAUAUUUUGGAGAUGAGAAGCCAGAGUGUAACAAUAUCUGUGAUGUCUGUGCUGAACCAAAGAAGGUGGAGAAAGCCAUGGAAGACAUGCAGAGAAGUGCUUAUGGUAGUAUGAAGAAGGGGGUACCUGGUGGGGCUAUGUACACUGUGUCAGAGGAGGAUGAAGAGAUGUACGAAGGAGGAAGAAGAGGUGCAAAGAGGGAUUAUGAUGAGUAUGGAGAUGAGGAAUAUUCUGAGUAUCACCGUGACCAAAUGGAGCGUGAAACGGAACAGAGACAGAGGAGUGCACUUAUAGCAAAGGAAUUCCAAAAACGCAAAAGGAACAAUGGAGGUGAGGUGACAGAUGAAUUUGUUCAACCGAGUGAAGACUGUCCCCUGAGAGAUCCAGCAAGCCAACGGAUUCCUAAGCUGACUGUAAAGAUAAGAGAACACUGCCUGGGAAUGAUAGAAGAGGCCUUGAAAAAUAACUACAUCGGAUACUAUGUGGAUGUACCAACAAAACUGGCUGCAUCUGACUACAUUCCCAAAAGCUGUGCCAUUGAUAUAGAAUAUGAUGUGCUCAAGGCCAAUAAAUUGGCCAAUGUGUAUAAAGCCUCAAUUAUGAAAACCAUUAAUGACAUUAAGAAGUGCACUGGUUCAAAAGAGCUUCACAGUUGUUUGGUUCCUAGAAAUGAGAACCAGUGUAACACUGAUGACAUAAUUAGUGAGACACCAGACAGGAAGACAAAGAAUGGUUCCCCAACAGCAGAAUCGCGUAUCUUGUCUAACCCAGUGGAAAAGGGCAUUUCAAAAUUAGGCUCAACAUUUGUGAAAGCAAGUUCUCUAAUAAAGAGCAAUUCACCAUCACCUUCCUUGCCAAAUCUUUCGAAUCCACACUCUGCUACAAAUUAUGCAGAAAAUGGAAUUUCAUGUAAAUCUGAAACUGGUGAGACUUCUAGUCCUAUACAAGACAUACAGGAGCUACAAGACUCAGCAAAAUUUAGUACUCAGUUUCUUAAAGCAAGUGAAUUAGUUAAAAAAAGUAGCAUUUUCAGUAACAACAAAACUAAGUCAUUGAAUUCCAUUACCAAAGAACGUAACAAACCACCAGUCCCCAAAAUAACUUAUUUCUUUGAACGUGCCAAGAAAUCAGAAGAAAAGGAUACAAUAACUAAGGCUUGCCAGGAUAAUAUCUCAUCAGAAAAUGUUACACCAAGUGCCACUUCUGGUGAAAGGGCAAGUGAAAAAAAGGUCUCUCAGAAAGACUUGAACUUAAAGAGACAUGCUAGUCCAAGAGAAGAGACGUCUCAAGAAGUCAAAAGAAAAAAGCUUGACAAACCUUCUUCAACAAGCAGCCAAGUCAAACAGACAGCAGAUCUGGUGGUGCGAUAUCUUUCUCCAUAUUAUAAGGAUGGGCAUAUUGUUUCUAAGGACAUCUUCAAAACUAUGGCCAGGAUGCUGUCUUACAGGGUGCAGUCUGUAUCUGGUACUGAAGAUCAGGCUAAACAAGAGUGUAAACGCUUGAUCAAAGAAAUUUUUGCCAAACAUGCGAAGAUAACAUCUACGGAGGAAUUUGAUGACUGGAAAUGAACAUCAGACAUUGUGUAUUUAUUUAAACUGACUGUAUCUAGUUAUCACUUGAAUGAGCAGACUAUUUUGUCUUUGGUUUAGUCUUGGGCAUCUGGCAAACAUAUUGUUUGCAUGAUUUCUGUUUUUCAUCCCAAAAGGUGACUUAAUUGAUUAAUAUUUAUUUGAAAGUCAUCAUGUAUUUAGAACAGUUAUUCAUUUCUGUUUGGGGUGAUUUUUUAUGGGCUGUAUGUUUUGUAUGUAGCAAGGAGCUAGUCUAGUGAAUAUGUCCCCCCCCCCCCCCCCCCCCAAAAAAAUCGUAUUUAUUUAAUUGUCAAAAGAUUUUUGGCCUCUUUUUAUGCCCCCGUAUCAAAGAUUCGGGGGUAUUUAGUUUUUGCCCUGUCCGUCCAUCUGUCUGUCCAUCUGUUUGUCCGCAAAAAUUUUAACCUUGCCCAUAACUUUUGAUUGGUUGGAGCUAUGACUUUCAUACUUCACAUGUGUAUUCCUUGUGACAAGACCUUUCUUUGGGUACCAUCACAUUUAACCUUUUGACCUUGACCUUGGAGUUUGACCCACUUUUGCAAAAUUUUUUGAGACUUUAACCUUGGCCAUAACUAUUGAACAGUUGGUGCUUGGGGUUUCAAACUUCACAUGUGAAUUCCUUGUGACAAGACCUUCCUUUGGAUACCAACAAAUUUGACCUUUUGACCUUGGAGUUUGGCCUACUUUUGAAAAACUUUAACCUUGAUUAUAACUUUUGAACAGUUGAUACUAGGGCUUUCAUAUUUAAGAUGUCUAUUCCUUGUGACAAGACCUUCCUUUGGAUACCAACCACUUUGACCCUUUGACCUUGACCUACUUUUGAAAAAAAUUAACCUUGCCAUAACUUUUGAAUGGUUGGUGCUAGGGCUUUCAUACUUCACAUUGUAAUCCUUGUGACAAGACCUUCCUUUGGAUACCAAUCACUUUGACCUUGACCUAGGAGUUUGACCUACUUUUGAAAAACUUCAACCUUGGCCAUAACUUCUGAAUGGUUGGUGCUAGGGCUUUCAUACUUCACAUUGUAAUCCUUGUGACAAGACCUUCCUUUGGAUACUAAUCACUUUGACCUUGAUCUUGACCUUGGAGUUCGACCUCCUUAUAAAAAAUGUUUACCUUGGCCAUAACAUGUGAACGUUUGGUUCUAGGGUUUUUACAUUUCACGAACAUGUAUAUCACUUUUGACAAGACCUUCCCUUGGGGCCCCAUUUGACCUUGACUUUGACGUUUGACUUACUUUUAAAAAACUUGAACCUUUGCCAUAACUUUUGAACAGUUGGAGCUAGGGCUUUCAAAUUUCACAGGUAUAUUCCUCGAGACAAGACCUUUCUUUGGGUACCAACAUUUUUAUCUCUUGACCUGAAGUUUGACUUGCAUUUGAGAAACUUUAACCUUUCCCAUAAGCUGCCAUAUGGGGGCAUCAGUGUUUCACAAACACAUCUUGUUCUGUAUGACAUUUAAUUUUUUUUAAUAGUUUUUCUGUUUUUAGAUUAACUGAACUGAAACUUUUCUGAUCAAAGUUUUGUCUGUUGCUGUUGUCUUUUUUUUUACGUUUUCAAAGUACUUCUCAAGAAUCACUGGGCCAAUUUCAAUCAAAUUCUCAACAAAGCACCCUUAGGUGAAGGGAUUCAAAUUUGUUUGAAUAAAUGAUCACACCGACCCUUUUCAAGAGGAGACAAUUCAAACAUAGUGAAAAUAGGCCAAUAAUCUUCCCAAGAACCACUCUAGGCCAAAUGGGAGUCAAAGUUUUACAUCAGAAAAUUUUAAGAAAAAUCUAAGAAAAUUUUCCCAAACACAAUUGAGGGAAGAAAACAAAACUAUAAAAGCUUCCUUGGCAAUGCAGAUUCAAGUUUGUUCGGAUCAUUUCAGGAUAUAAUUUGGACAAGGUCAAGGAUUGUUGUAUUAAUAGUAUUAAACUGGCCCUAUCUUUAUUAUGUUAGGAAAUUUUUAUCAUGUCACAUCUUACUUGACUUAAGAUGGGAUGUAUCUUUAAUUGAAUAUGUCUUUUAACUAGUUAAAGGCACAGAAAAUGCUAGGAUUUCUACCAAGGCCAUUGUUUGUCUUGCAUGGAUUAGACAGUAUAAUUGUUUAUGGUCUUAGUGUGAACCCUGAUUCAAACCCACUAGUAUUGUAGAUGUGUGUGUGAAUGUUUGUUUAUUCGUAGAAACUGAGGGUCAUUUUAUUACCUUUCUAUAUUUCUUAUAUAUUCAAGGCAAUCUCCUUCAUGCUCCCAUAUUUUGUUAUGUCACUUUAUAUUCAAGGUUAGUAGUUAUUGACAGCUUUGAGUUUGCCCUGUGGAUGAUAAAGGCCCUGUUGGAACUGUUUGUUAAUUUUACAUAUUUUUGAUAAUUUGCCCAGGUUGUUAGAAUAACUGCAUGCAGUCAUUUUUCAAAUUAAACAUAUAUAUAUGUGUGUGUGCCAGAUGAAAAUCUUAUAUUUAACACGAGAACUGUGAUAUCACAUGUAUGUGACCACUAAUCUGCAACUUUGUGGAAGAAUAUGUAAAUAAUUUUAAGUUGUUUUUUUUUUAAAUUAAAUAAAUGUUGAAACAUG